AUGGAGACUCCACUGUCGCCUCGAGUGCCUUCGAUUACAAAUCGCGAUCGCACUGAAUACUCGCCCAUUGUGGCAAAAGAAGACUUCAGUUUGAUAGGGGGACCAGGCACUGGCAAUGGUUUUCUUGAUAACCAAGGAAAAGAGAAUGAAUGCGCAGGAUCUGUCGACGAAGACUUCGAAGAGGAUGAACAACAAGUCCGAAGUCGAAAAGCUCAAACAAUCAACAACGUUCAUGGCAAACGUACAGGAAAUAAUUCAAAUAAAAAGAAAUCUCUCCGUAAACGCCGUGUAAUAGCCAAUCUGUCUGCGACAAAAUACGAUAUUGGUGAGGGAACACUUUGCUGUUGAGAAGCAAACUAGAUUUUAUCAUGAAUUGAAUGCAUGGGCGCCAGAUUGCUGCGAUUACCAAGGAGAAUCGAUUACCAAAAUAACGGUUCAUUUACCGCGCGUAACGAAGGUUUACGUUUGAUAAGAUUUGAAGUGAAUGUUUUUAAAUUGAUUCUUAUCUCUAAAGUAUUGGUUUGAUUUGUUACUGGUGAUGAUGAUGAUGAUGAUUAUUAUCAUCGUCAUCAUCAUCAUCAUCAUCAUUAUUAUUUUAAAGCCAAGGAUGUACAGAGAUAAAAAUGAAAGUAUGAUCAGUGGAGGCAACCAAAGUCAUUACGAACUGUCAAGUAUGUACAUGUAUGUCAGGUGUUGUGACAAUGGGAGAGAUAUCAGAAGAGUCAAUUUACCCCCAGAAAUUCUUUUUCUUACUGGUAUCAGGGCAAUCUUCCUAAAAUAUAUAUAUUUUUUUUGCAGUGCACAAAGUGUGCCUUCAAAGUGGAAUGUACAUCACAAGAGAUGAUGACUUUAACUGGUAUGGUUAAGACCAAUUUUUUUUUAUCGCACUAAAUAAAAAAAGGGUGAUUAUGAUGACUGACUGGCAAUUUAACCAUCAUACACUUUUAAUCUGUGGGGAAGGGAUGUUGCAGGUUGCAGAAAUUUAAGCCACAUAAAUUAUAUAACUUUACACACUUUGAUGAAACUUACAUUACUUUUGUACAGUAUGGGGAAUGUUGUCUUUUAACACAUGCCAGAAUUUAUUGAAUUUGAAUUAGUCAAGACACAGUAAAUACCACUAAGUUCAUGUACUCUUUUGGAUUUUAAUUUGCCCCAAAGAGUGAAUAAAUAAUAACUAUGGCUGUUUUAUAGCUCUAUGUUUUUAAACUUUGAAAUAAGUGUGACUUCUGCAAAUAUUGUCAUUGCAACAAAAAAUUUGUUCUUUUGCAGUUUUCUGAUAUGGAGUGACUCAGCUGUUCCAGUAGAGAGAAUAAGUGAACUAAAAUCCUUUCAGGUACAGAAUGUGAACAAUGUACUGAUCUAGCGUCAACUAUUGCAACUAAAGAUUAUACUAUUUGGUAUCGUCAGUAGAAUUGAGUAUCAUUACUAUAAUAGAAACAAUGUUUUAGUCUAUGUUGCAAUCCAUUAUCAAUGAUUUUCAACUCUAAAAAGUUGCAAACUGAAUUAUGCGCUAUUUUUUAUUUUUCUACUUGAAGAAAAUUAACCAUUUUCCAAGUAUGGGAGAGAUAUGUAGGAAAGACAAUCUUGCUCGAAAUAUGGCCAAGUAAGUGACUUCUACACUGUAUGUUGAAUAAUUAGUGGGGCAAAGGAAAUUGAGAAUCAAUCUAGGUGAAAAAAUUUUAACCUAAACUUAAGUUUGACUUGCAACUAUUAAUCAACAAUAAAUAAGAUAAAUCCAAAACACCCAGCUGUAAGCCGAGACCAUUUGUUACAAGACCUGUAAAGCUUAACAAUUUUGAAAAAAAUGUGAUCUUCUCUGGGAAAACAUACAAUUGUUGUUUGGGUGUGUUGCUGCUAUCAAUCUUCCGUCAUGUCUUCUUCCCAUUAUGCUUGAAAUGAUAACUAAAAAUGCCUUUAAAGACUUUCAAUCAAAACAAACUACAUCAGUUUGCACUGCAUUCAUCUGUGCUUAGUAACCUGUUCCAAUGCACUGAAAAAAAAAUUUUGCAAAAAACUCUAGGCUAUAAGCCGAGAUCCCCUCUUGGGCUCAACUUUUACUGAACCUAUUAGCUUUAUUUUGCAUAAAAAUUGCUCGGCUUAUAGCGGAAUGAAUACAGUAACUUCUUACAGUACACUGUAUAAUCCCACAAAGUAAGUUGACUGGCUCCGGGAAAAUUCAGGGGUAGAUCGCUUUUCUUGAUAUUGUCUGGAAGAAUAUAUUCACUGUAAGGACCUUUAAAUGGACUGUUUAAAGUGCUCAAAACAUUUCAAAUCAAUUGUGUUUUUUAAGAAUGCAGAGAGCUCACCCUGAAGAGUACAACUUUGUGCCACAAACCUGGGUUCUGCCAGCAGAGUAUCCUUUGAAAAUAAUGUAAAAAUUAUUAUAAUAAUAUUUUAUGGUAAAGUUUUGUUAGUUAUGUAUGAACAAAAAUUGUAUAAAAUGCACAUAUGUAAAACCCCUAUUUUAAGAAGAUGUGAAAUCACAUUCUCUAAAGACAAAAGUCUUUGACAUUAAACUUUUUGUAUAACUUACAUGAUAAAAUCUGAAAAAUUGAAAUCAAACAAACAAAAUGAAGCUUUGUUACAAGUGCACAUUUGCCUGAUGGUGCUUUAUUAAUGUGUUAUUUCACAAUAUAUGAAUUUUAAUAAGUAUUGCUAAAAAGAAUAGAAUGUAAAAACUAUUUAUGUGUUUGUUGUUUCUGACAAACAAUCAUGCAGUGCCUGCAAUAUUACUGUUCCCUCAGGUUUGAAUACUGAUUAGUAAAACUCCUUAAUAAGGUUGCCCAUUAUAUCAGAUAUGCUGCAUUCCAAGGUUACUGUCGUGAACUGAAAAAAAGAAAGAAACAAAAAACAUUCAUUGUUAAGCCAGCUAACGGUGCCAUGGGAAAUGGGUAAGUGUGACAAUAAUUAUUAUUUACUAUGAAAUAUAUAAUGUAGAAUGCCAGUUAUCACAUUUACAAUACAGGUGUAAUCCAUCCCAUGCAGUAACCCUGCAACUAUUUAACUGCCAGCUCUCCAGUGACUGCAUCAUCCUUAAUUUGUAGGAAGUCAUAAUUCAUAAUUUAAUUUUUUUUUUGCCAUAUACUACUAGUACUGACAUACCUGACUUUCUUUUAAUUCUAUAUUUCUUACAAUUUCAGAAUUUCUUUAAUAAAAAUUGGAGAUAGAAUUCCCUCACAUGAGCAGAUAGUCAUUCAAGAAUAUAUUGAAAAGGUAAGGAAAAACAGUUAAAUACUAAUUAACUUUGCAGCUCAUUCAGUUAGUUGUCCUCUUGCUUGAAAAUUCUAAUGAGCCAGGCAGCCAAAAUUUGGUUUAUUGAUUAUCUUUUAUUACAUUGUGAUAACAAACAUUAUUUUAUUACCUUUUGUACAAGUUGUAAUAAAGGCAACGUAGAUUUAAAGAUUUCAAGUGAAACUAAUUGCAGCAACUAUUCAUAUAUUUUUUAGCCAUUUCUCCUUGAGGGAUUCAAGUUUGACCUUAGAGUCUAUGUUUUAGUGACUUCUUGUGACCCACUGAGAAUCUUUCUUUAUCAUGAUGGACUUGUAAGUACAUUAAUAUAUUAUAAGGAAGGUCUAAAUCAAACAUUGAUCUUUUUAUGUACCAAGGCUUAUAGUCCUUUCAAUUAAGUAAAUGAAAAGAUCGACAUUUGACAUAUCUAAUUUGGGUGGAACCCAAGAAUUAAGAUGGAGUGGCCCACAUGGGAAUUUUGCAUGUAGAGCGACUUCAUUUCAAACAUUGAUCGAACUUCUAAUGUGCCAAACCUAAUUCACAAAUUACUAGAAUUUUCACUUGUAAGCAUUUUAGACCCAUGAACGUGGUUAAAAUGAAUUUAGCCCAAUUAACUGAUUAAGUUCAACAUCUGAAUCAAACAUUAAACUUAUAUCAUUUGGGUCAACCUAAAUAGGUAAUAAAUUCAGUACGUGAAAAGAUCAAUGUUUAAACUGGCCCUAAUUCUUGUACUGUAUCAUUAUAUAUACAUGUAACAGCUUUUUGUCAAUCAGUUACUAUCUACAGUGGAUAUGAAUUUUUAAAUUUUUUAGAAGAAUCAGUUAUCUGUACGGUUAGCUCUCUCUAAAAUGGACACCUUCAGAACUGGCACCCAGUGUCCGUCUCAGAGAGGUGUCGGCCAUCUCAUAUACAGAUUGAGUCAAAAAAAUAGAGUAAAGAAAGACUGAGGACCAACUCUAGCUGUCCUCUUACAGGGUGCAUGUCCUUUAAUUAAGAGGGAGCCGACUGUAUACUUUUUUUUAUCUUAAUCUACUUUGAUUCUAACAUACAGUGUAAGGUAUAUAGAACAGCGAAAGUUAGUGGUAGUGCAGAACAAAUUGCAAGUUGCAGUUUACUUUGUUUUUAAGGUUCGCAUGGGAACAGAAGUGUAUGAACCUCCGUCAGAUGAAAAUCUGGUAAGACUUAACUUACAGUACAUACAUAUGUGACAUGCAACUUUGUAUAAAUUGCUUUAGUUUAAUCCUCAAUCUUCAGAAUAUGCAUUGAACACAGUGGAAAUUGAUCUAAUUUUGAUUUGUUUGUUUCGAUAGGUUUUUGAUAAUUUAGUGUAUUGUUCUUCAGUCCAUUAAUGAUAAAUCUGCUAUAUUAAGUCAUUGGAUACCCAUCAAAAAAUGAAGUGGUACAACAGUCAUCUUUGUAAAGGUUUUUUGUUUGUUCCUUUUCAGGAUGAGCUGUUCAUGCAUCUUACAAACUAUUCAAUUAACAAGCACAACGAAAAUUUUGAUCGGCAUGACAGCAAUGAUAGUGGAAGUAAACGGUGAGAAUAAUUUAGAUUUAUAUGCAUCAUUUGAAAAGAUUCUAUUGUCUGGAAGCUUAACUCGCUUAAUUUGUUGAAUUUUUUUAGGUCCUUAAAGUUUUUAAAUGAGUGGUUACAAUCAAUGGAUUAUGAUGUGAACUUUCUGUGGCAAAGCAUAACUGUAAGUACAUGUAUUUCAAAGGUUAUUUGUGUUUUUAAAGUAGUUUUCAACACUGACCCGUAGGUGGCGAAACUGAGAAUCCUUUUUUUUUGUUUUGUAUGUAGGAUGUGCUUGUGAAGACGCUGAUAGUUGCUCAACCCCAUAUUCUCCAUUCAUACCGAAUGUGUAGGCCAGGAAGCCCGCCGGCCAGUGAAAGCGUCUGUUUUGAAAUCCUUGGAUUUGAUAUUUUAUUGGAUAGAAAACUAAGGCCUUGGCUCUUAGAAGUAAGUCAUUAACUUCUUCAAAUCGUUUACAAUUUAACAUUGCGAAGUGUUGGCUGAUAAACGCGUCACACCCCUCUUCAACGUUCGUUUGUACGGGGACGAUGAAGAGCAAAAGGGCCUUUGGAUUGACUUUUCAUUUUUUUUAGCCAAUGUAGUUUUUAGUUUCCCUUUUUUAUCAACAUUAAACUACGUUAAACAAAAGACUUAUUAAUGACAUACCUGUGUUACGGUAUUAUUCAACCGACAGAAAAAUACAAAAAACUCUCCUUAAAAUCAACUAAUUUAAUUAACUAUACUUCAAGUGAUAACUACAACUUGGGAGCAACUCUCGCACAAUACAACCUUACUACAAACUACUUAGAGCCUAUUAUUAACCUUCAGUCGCCACUGACACAGACUCACAGUUGACACUGCUAUCACCAAACGUCCUGGAGCCACUUGGAAUGACUUCAAAGUACUCCUCAGCAAACUGCUAUAACUCUCCCAGCAUAGCUUCUCCUAUCAGUCUCAGCCGUAACAACAACAACUAACUCAAAACUCACUAAGCCCUUAUAUACAGUCAUUUCAUGUUCUAGAUAGUUCUAAGAGCUUACAAGACUACUAUUUUUGUAACAUUACAUCGUGAGUUACAUCAUCCAGCAGAAUGUUCUAGACAGUUCUACUACGUGACAAUAGAAAGUUCUAGUACAAACAUCGCGUGACCGGAAAACUCUAGAAGCUUGUUAUUUACAUUAGCUCUCCAUAACACCCUCCCCCUUCAAGAAAAGAAAGUUUGCAAAACUUUCUUGCAAUAAACUCACGUUCUUGAGAGGCAGUCCGCAAUAACAUUGUCUUUUCCUUUGAUGUGCCUAAUGUCUAAAGAAUAUUCUUGCAACAUUAAACUCCACCUUAGUAAUCGCUGAUUUUUGUCCUUUAAUUUGUGAAGAAAAACAAGGGGAUUGUGAUCACUAUAAACAACAAUAGGCGAACUGGAAGAACUCACAUAGACUUCAAAAUGUUGCAGUGCUAACACUAACGCUAAACACUCUUUCUCUACAGUGGAGUAGUUCUGUUGACUCUUGGUGAACUUCUUUGAAAAAUAACACACUGGGUGUUCCACACCUUCAUCAUCAUCCUGUAACAGCACUGCACCAGCAGCCGCAUCACUUGCAUCCACGGCCAGCUUGAAGGGAGAGCCAAAGUCGGGCGCUCUAAGUACAGGGGCACUUUGCAACAUGGCUUUUAAUUUCUCGAAUGCUUUAUCACACUUUUCACUCCAAAUAAAUUUUGCCCUCUUAUUGAGUAACUGCGUCAAUGGUUCUGCGACGGCGGCGAAAUUGGGACAAAACCUUCGGUAGUAUCCAGCCAUACCAAGAAAGCGCAUCAACUGCCUUUUGCUCUCGGGUUGCGGAAAGCUAGCAAUAGCCUCGACCUUCGCGGUUAAUGGUUUUACUUGACCUUGUCCAACAACGUGUCCCAAAUAAGUUACUUGUGCUUGACAAAACUCACUUUUGGAAAGGUUGAUAGUCAGCUUAGCUCUACUCAACCUCUUGAAGAACUCACGGAUGAUCCUUAAGUGUUCUUCCCAUGUGUCGCUAUAAAUAAUCACGUCGUCAAUGUACGCCUCACAACCCUCAAGGUCUGCGAUCACCUUGUUAAUAAGGCGUUGGAAGGAGGCUGGCGAAUUCUUCAUACCAAAUGGCAUAACUUUGUACUGGUACAAUCCAUAAGGUGUGACAAAGGCUGAAAUCUCCUUGGCGCGGUCUGUCAACGGAACUUGCCAGAAUCCUUUAAGGAGGUCGAACUUCGUUACAUAUUUGGCUUUUCCUACUUUAUCAAUGCAGUCGUCCAUCCUUGGGAUUGGAAAUGUGUCCGUCUUAGUCACGCUGUUGACCUUUCUGUAGUCUGUACACAUUCGGUAACUUCCAUCUGGUUUAGGAACAAGGAUAGACGGAGAACUCCAGCUACUGUUACUUGGCUCAAUGAAAUCGUUCUCAAGCAAAUACUUAAUCUCUUCCUUGAGAUACUGUUGCUUUUUUGGAUUUAGCCUGUACGGGUGUUGCUUAACUGGAUCAGCAUUGCCGACAUCUACGUCAUGAUAAAUCUGAUCUGUCCUUGUAGGAACAUCAGGAAACAGGUGCUCAAACUCCAGCAGAAGUUUCUCCAGGUCCUGUCGUUGACUUUGUGAUAGGUGAGACAGCUUAGAAUCCAAGUUCCGCAACACAUCGGAGUUCGUGAGUCUUGUUGUGUCAGUGGGACUAAAAGCAUUGCUACUAAGCUCGUUACUUAACUCCUCUUUAGGCUCGAUAACGACUACAUUAACGGUUGCAGGUUCUGAGGCUAGAUUACUGUUUCUCUCUACGUAAGGCUUUAACAUGUUGACAUGACAUAGCUGUGUUUGUUUACGCCUAUCCGGAGUAACUACUAUGUAAUUAAGAUCAUUUAACUUCUUCUGGAUCUCGUAUGGUCCAAAAAAUCUAGAGCGUAAUGGGUUGCCAGGUACGGGCAACAUUGCAAGGACCUUUUGCCCUGGCUUGAAACUACGUUCUACAGCAUCUACAUCGUACCUCUCUUUCAUAGAUUUCUGAGAUAAACUUAGAUUGGCUCUGGCUAAUUCGCAAGCCCUAAAAAGCUUAGAACGAAAAUCUGAGACAUACUGUAAAAGAUUAAUGGACUCACUACAGUUAGAUAAUAACUUCUCUUUAAGCAACUUAAGAGGUCCUCUCACAGUGUGCCCAAACACAAGCUCGAAGGGACUGAAUCCUAGAGACUCUUGCACUGACUCUCUUGCAGCAAACAACAGCAAAUGAAUACCCUCGUCCCACUCUUUCUCUGUUUCGAAGCAGUAAAUCCUCAUCAUGUUCUUCAGAGUCUGAUGCCAUCUUUCAAGAGCUCCUUGACUUUGAGGAUGAUAUGCGGAUGACUUAUACUGAGUGACCCCAAGCUCGUACAUGACCUGUUGAAACACUCCAGACAUAAAAUUCGAACCCUGAUCCGACUGGAUAGAGCUUGGAAGGCCCACUAGUGUGAAAAACUUGGUUAAAGCUUUGACAAUAGUCUUGGCUUUGAUGUUUCUCAGGGGUAUUGCUUCAGGGAACCUGGAAGUCGCACACAUGAUGGUCAACAAAUACUGAUUUCCAGACCUCGUCUUUGGUAAUGGACCAACACAAUCAACAAUAAUUCUACUAAACGGCUCCUCGACAGCUGGUAUUGGCUUCAGCGGGGCUUUGGGGAUGGUCUGAUUCGGUUUCCCAACCAUCUGACAGGCAUGGCAUGAUCUACAAUAUUCUGCUACAUCCUUUCUUACAUUUGGCCAGUAGAAAUGGUUAAGGAUCUUCUCAUAGGUUUUAUUGAUGCCCAUGUGGCCAGCUAGAGGAGUCUCGUGCGCCAAACUUAAAAUCUCCUGCCUAUAACUCUUCGGGACAACAAUCUGGUAUUUGACAGCCCACUCAUCUUCAGCUGGAAUAUCAGGUGGCCUCCACUUUCUCAUCAGCACUCCGUUCUUUGUAAAGAAGCAUGCAGGGUUCUUUGACACUUCGCUUUCAUCAACGACUCUCGCAAACAAGCUUGAUACUACUGGAUCUCUUUGCUGUUCUGCAAUCAGAUGAGGCGUGGACAUCUUGUCAGCCUGAUAUGUCAAACCGUCCUCGGUAACGACUACCGCUGGCUCGGGGACUAGGGUUCUUGAUGGCUUACUCUUCAAGGCUUCACCAAUGAUAGUGUCCGCUAAUGUGACCUCUUCCUCUGUGCUUUCUUUCUUCUUGCUCAUGGCUCGAGUUACAACACAUGCUGGGUACAAACCAGGAAUUGCCUUCUCUACUGGAUCUGGACACUGUUCUAAGCAAGGCUUAUCCGUGACGAUAGCAUUAACAACAACUUUUUCUCCAGCAAGGUCAUUUCCUAAAAUCAGCUGUACUCCCUCAAAUGGUAAAGAAGACUGUACUCCAACUUUGACGGGCCCAGACACAAGGUUUGAGGACAGGUAAACGGUAUGAAGUGGUACUGGAGUGUAUUCAGAGCAAUUGACUCCCUUGAUAAGAACACUCACACCAGCAGACGACUCCUCAGAAAACGACAAAGUGUCACUCAACAGCAGGGACUGUGAAGCUCCAGUAUCUCUUAAAAUCUUGAUUGGCGUACAGUUGGACAUAUCACUUGAUAAUGACACUGAACCAUCAUGAAUAAAGGGCUCAAAAAUGUCCAUAACAGGCUUCGACGGAACACCCAUGUUACUUGACUGAGUCUUUACAUUGUGACACUUGGUAGGCAUAUCUUCACUAACAGCAGGUAAAGACAAUGACGUAGCAAUGAAACCAGUUGGCCUAGGCUCGACACUAUGCUGUUGUCGUGUCAUUCUCCACUUUUCUGGGCAAUUUGAAAUCAUAUGUCCCUCUUUUCUACAAUAAUAACAAGUAAUUGUCUUGACGGACUUGUUUGGUAUGUUCUUGUUUUGCCUUGGUGGCUCAGAGUUGAAACCGCGAUUUGCAUGGGUGUUACCUGAAUUCCGUUUUGGGUACCACUCAUCACUCUGUCGACGUCUUUGAUUACCAGGCCAGCGUGGUGAUGUAGAGGGUGGAACUUGACCAGGUGAUGUACAGCUGGGCCGAAGGGGCUUAUCCACAAAUGUCACCUUGUGACUUAAUGAGAACUCAUCUGCUAACCGUGCCGCGUCUUCCAACGUUUCUGCUUUCUGCUCAUCGAUGAACGUUCGGACAUCACUGUGAAUGCACCUCUUAAAUUCUUCUAUUAAAAUUAACUGUCUUAACUUAUCGUGACUUUUGUCUACCUUCUGUGAAUGACACCAUCGGUCAAAUAACUGUUCCUUACUCCUAGCAAAUUCUACGUAAGUUUGAUUACUUAACUUCUCACAGUUUCUAAACUUCUGACGAUAAGCUUCAGGAACUAGUUCGUAACCCUUAUGAAUGAGCUCUUUAACAGUGUCAUAACUUGCAGCUUGCUCUACACUUAGUUGCGUAUAUAUCUCCCUGGCCUUACCUACUAAUACACUCUGCAAUAACAUUACCCAAUACUCUUUGGGCCACUUAAGAUUUCCUGCUACUUUCUCGAAGUGCAAAAAAUACUUAUCGACAUCUUUCUCCUGAAAUGGUGGUACUAACUUAAUAUAUUUAGUAACAUCAAACUUAGCACUAUACUUUUCAGUAUUGUAUGUAGCAUCUGACCCUAACUUUAACUGUAGUUCCAGCUUUUUCAUUUCCAACUCAUGUUGUAACUCCAUCUUCUCUUUCUCUAACCUUUCCUGGCGUUCCUUUUCUUCCCUUCUUUCUUGUCGCUCUUGUUCUUCUUUCUCCAGUCUUUCUUGUCGUUCUUUUUCUUCUUUUUCCAGUCUUUCUUGUCGUUCUUUUUCUUCUCUUUCCAGUCUUUCUUGCAUUUCUAACUUUUUAAGCUCUAACUGAAAUUGUAGCUUCUUUUCUUCUGAGUCAAAUGCUUCAUAUGUUUCUAAGACUGCUUCUUCAAAAACUUUCAGACUUACUAAGUGUUUGACAAUAACAUCUUGAAUCUGAUGUUUUCUCAUUGCUUUCUUAACCUCUAGUUUCAAGUGUUUACCUAAUGAAAUAAGCUCAUCCUUCUUUAAGUCAUAAAAUGCAUCUUCGCUGGGCUCUAACAUAAACUGUUCUGGAUCAAACUUUGACAUUUUGCUUCACUCUGACUAUCUCCUUCAGAAAACUAUUUAUCCUUAAACAAUAUAUACGAUAGAUUCUACGGCCAAAACUCACUGCUCCCGGACAGGCCCCCAAUUUCUGUUACGGUAUUAUUCAACCGACAGAAAAAUACAAAAAACUCUCCUUAAAAUCAACUAAUUUAAUUAACUAUACUUCAAGUGAUAACUACAACUUGGGAGCAACUCUCGCACAAUACAACCUUACUACAAACUACUUAGAGCCUAUUAUUAACCUUCAGUCGCCACUGACACAGACUCACAGUUGACACUGCUAUCACCAAACGUCCUGGAGCCACUUGGAAUGACUUCAAAGUACUCCUCAGCAAACUGCUAUAACUCUCCCAGCAUAGCUUCUCCUAUCAGUCUCAGCCGUAACAACAACAACUAACUCAAAACUCACUAAGCCCUUAUAUACAGUCAUUUCAUGUUCUAGAUAGUUCUAAGAGCUUACAAGACUACUAUUUUUGUAACAUUACAUCGUGAGUUACAUCAUCCAGCAGAAUGUUCUAGACAGUUCUACUACGUGACAAUAGAAAGUUCUAGUACAAACAUCGCGUGACCGGAAAACUCUAGAAGCUUGUUAUUUACAUUAGCUCUCCAUAACACCUGUAUUUCCUUCCUGUUAACUUAAAAGAUUGCGCUUACUUUAUACAGUACGUACACUUGCUUUUAGUAAUGCGCGUUCAUCCAGGCUAAUUAGAGAAAAAGCUGGGGCACUCGACUCUGAGCUUCAAAUUCAUUUGCUGAAAACGCGAAAUUUAUUUGGAAUACUUACGUUGAAAUGGUUCUUUUUUUCCUUCUGGUCGUUAUUUUUUCGUUUAGGCAUAUGCGCAGCGAAGACUUUUACCUCCUCGGCCUCCUCCGCAGGCUAGUCUGGCUUUAGUCUGGCUUCCCUGUGGUUUGAAACGGGAAGAGAGGAAACUGGGAUGAAAAGGAGGGAGACUGGAGUGGAGUAGUGCUCGCAGUGCGUUUGUAGUGCGUAGGAUCCUUGCGGAGUUUUUCCACGUGCGGAGGGGGCUUGACUUUAGGUAGCAGCAUCUGUUUUCGAAAAGGAAGUUUUGGCGCUUCACACACUCGUCUAAUACAAAGUGCAGUGCGAGCUUUUCAAGGUCUUUUAAAAUCUUGGGUUUGUGCAUGGUCAGUUUACUACCCUUUUAGUAGUAAGCAGCAAGGAUGGCACAUAAGGAACAAGGCGGCAGUGACGACAGCGUGACAAACUGAGCACCGGAACUCGCGUUCAGUCCUUUCUGCGCGUCUUCCCGUCCUCAACUAACGUUCCCGUUCUGUUGCUAAAUCACUCUAGUUUGUUUGUGUGCGCGGCCUUCUGUGCACGUGGUCUUGAGUUUGAUCCCCGGUAACAUUACAUCCUUGUUUCAACUUCUCUCCUUUCUGUGUAGCUUUGACUAGCUUUAAAAGCACUUAAAACAGAGCAUUGGUGGAGAGAGAGGGUAAAAUGAGCGCACUGUCGACCCCCAAAAGUGUUAAAAAUACUGUAAUGUCUUUUAUGUUCUGUAGGUCAAUCGUUCACCCAGCUUUGGCACUGACACCAAACUGGACAGUGAAAUUAAAGGAGGAGUCUUAUUUGACACAUUUAGCUUAUUAAAUAUAAGGUACGAAGUGAUACUUAGGAAAAUCAGUAAGCAACAAAAACAACAACAAUACUACUACUACUACCACUACUACUACUACUACUACCACUACCACUACCACUACCACUGCCACUGCCACUACCACUACCACUACCACUACCACUACCACUACCACUACCACUACCACUACCACUACCACUACCACUGCCAUUGCCACUGCCACUGCCAUUGCUACUGCCACUACCACUACUCAUAAUAAUAGUAAUAAUAAUUUGAUUAAUCUAGACCAAUUUAUGAAGUUUUUCAUUUGCCAAGGGGAUUUUCAAUUUUUGGUAUAUCAGUUGCUUAUUGUGGAGUUUUCUUUACUUGCGUCCUGCUUUUCACGUCAGCUUCCGGUAAAUUACGAUAGACGAUUUACCCGAGAUUUUUUUAGGAUAAUUAUGUGAAAUGUCCUUUUGUUGAUAACAGGGCAAGCGACAAAAGACGCGGUAUGGCGGCUGAGAAGGCGGAAGCCCAAAAGAGAUUACUAAUGCAACCGAAGAGGAGCGAGUACUCUAUGUCGGUAAGUGAUUAUCAGGACGAUUAAUUGUGUCAUAUAUGAUUUUAGACGAUGAUGACGGCACCCUGUAUAAGCAGUGUGAAUAAAAUAGCGACUGUGAACUGGCGCCAUAACUUGGCAGUUUGAAAAAUUAUGAGUAGGACGGACACGCCUCUUUUGAGCACGUCGUCGUGAUAUGAGAGAACAUCAUUGGUGCACGAUAAUACUCCUCCUAACUCUUAUGAAAGUGGAUGUAAGUGAGAUUUUAAAACGCAAGUAGCCCUAAUAUUGUAGCCAUAAGAGUGUCAAGACAUGAAUUGAUAUCAAUCAUCACGUGACUUUCCCUUAGGAACUGGAGAAGAAAAAACUGAUUUUGAACAAAAGGCGAACUGAACUGGUAAGUGUCAUCAAGAAGGGAGGCAGCGACGGAAAGGUAGAGCCGAUUAAGAAACGUGAGAAAAUAAUCCAAAUGUAUUAUUUUGUAGUUUCUGUUUUCUAACCGUAUAUUACAACAGAAGGGCUGGUUGACUUGAGAUAACUAUGUAUCGAUGCUAAAAAAUGUUUAUAGAUCGUGUUGUCUCUUUGCAGAAAGAUCGACUUACUCAUCUGAGAAGAGAGGCUGCGAGAGAAGAGUUUGAGAACAUGAACAUGGUAAGUAAAAACAAGACAACUGACAAGAUACUAUUAAUAAUUUGUCACCCAAAGAGGGAUCAGCAUUGUUGGAUAGCUCAAUCCUUCUCAUUACUAGUGUCUGUCUGAUCAAGAGGACAGUUCAACCUCAGUAGCCGAGACAUCCAAUUUGAAUUUUCUGACAUGACCACCAUAACUGUUCCAAGACAACUUCACGUUUCUUUCAGUUGCCCAAUCUUUCCUCGAAGUUGGGUAAGGACUGGGGAGUAAUACUGCGUUUUUAUAUAUUUUGGUUCUGCAGGGGAAUUUUCGAAGAAUAUAUCCCCCAGACGAUCAAACAAGAAAGGAGAAGUGUAGUGGACUUUUAGCUGAUGCAUUUAAGCUUUUUUUAUCCGGUGAGACGUGACACAGUUUAUAUAUUGUAAUCAUCAUCAUCAUCAUCAUCAACAUCAUCAUCAUCAUCAUCUCUAUCAUCAUCAUCAUCAUCAUCACCCCUAAUCCUGACCCUAACCCUCCCUUUUUCCCGUCACCGCCCCCUUUUCUCGGAUCAUACACUCAUAUUUUCUUGUGCCUUCCACUUACGCGUCUUCCCUACUAACUAAGAGCCUGGAACAGGCUACGUCAUCAUCAUCAUCAUCAUUGAUAAUUUUGCCUUGUAUUUUUGUUCUUGGAAUCCAUUUCUGGCCAGUCUAAACCACAUACUAUUAUUUUUGUCUUUGAUGUCGUCCGUUUACUAAUGGGUGCGUUUUCCAAGUGAAGCUAAAGCACUGUGCAUUUGCUUCCGUUCUCUAGUAAGACCCGUCGAGACACUUUAAUUUCGUUUUGGUUUCUCACACAUUUAGCCCUCCAACAUUCCAUUUUGACUUGCUUUACAAUGAAUGGUGAUGAGCAUCCUUUGUCAGGGUUGUAUUUUGUGAUAUGCAAAACUUAUUUCCUCUUAUCUGAUCUUGGAUCCAAAUAAAUGGGUUGGAAAAAUACAUUGUACAUUAAUACUUUUGUUCAUUUGAUAAAUAUCCUUUAGGAAGAGCGACAUCUCUCCAAAAGGAAGGUAAUCAACCAUUCAGUACACUCAGGGUAGGUAUUAAACUAACCGUGUCUAGUCAAUUCUUGUGUUAAUGUAUUUCCCUCGGUAAACUUGCUGUGGACUAGCCGGCCACCAAAGAGAAUGACAACAAUUCUGUCUGACGAGAGGUAGUUACUCUUUUCUAUAACGAACCACGGUCCAGCAAUGCCUGAAGUAUGCGUCAGAAAUAUAAUUCGUUCUGUCUAUUUCUUGCAGGAAGAAGAAAUUCUCGAUUUAUUGGAACAAUGCGAGGCUGACGAAAUCAUAACGUUCGACUCGAAAAAUGGAAACCGUCCAAUGAGCAAAGGACCGAAGGUAUAUCAAACAUUUCUUCUUAUAUUAUCGCUAUCCUAUGAUACUUUCUAUGACACUUGUAACGUAAUUUUCGUAUUUCUUUUCUCAUGUGUGACGAUACCGUUUAAACUAAUAACUUGUUGUUUUGCUCUUUUUUUCAGCCUUUGUCAUCCAUGCCAAGUGCAAAAUCCGCACAAAGUAAAACAGAUGCCUCUUCGUCUUCCUCUAAUUCUUCAAACCCAUCAAACACGGUGCCAUUACGGCCUGCAUCUGCUCAAAGGACACCAACCAAUCAUAGCUUCAUAUUAUCCCGCUCUUCUACGCAGAGAAUAGUGACGUCAACGUCCUCUCCGCCAAUGAAAUUUAACCCUGUUGUAGUGAGUUGGUUUUAUUAUAGUUUGUUUUUGUUUUUUUUAACUCUUCAGUAGUACAAAGUGGUUCUGUCAGUUUUUGUACUACAUACAAGAUGAAUCUUUGACCAUGCUAAAAAGGAGAGACCAUCUGCACCGUUGCCAACUCUAACCUCUCUAUUUUUUUCUCCCAAAGGACUCUGUUUUUCUUGAUGCCGCUGUUCGGGAGAGAGAAGAAGAGCUUAGUAGGCGAACAUUGCAGGCUUUGCUUGACAUGAGAAUAAAAUUUCCCGGCAAAACAGAUGAAGAAGCUGAAAUCAUAUUGGAGAGUGUAAGUACGAAACAGACCUUUUAGCAGACUGAGCAAUUUCGCUGCUGCAUGCGCUUAACUAACCUAAAGUUCCAACCAAUUUGCUGCACUAAUAAGAACACUGAGGGCCAUUCUUUUUAUUGUCACAAGGUAUGCUCAGUGAGCUAUUUAAAGUCAGACACCUUUUUAAAAAGUGGCCAGUUGCUUGCAAACCUGAAUGUUACGGUACAUGUUUGUAAUUCAGCUAUGUACAAGGCAUACCGGCUGCAAGGACUAAUUAAUCUCUCGUAUAGGGUCACUUUGCUGUAUUGUUCCUAUUUACAGAUUCAGGAUAACUGGAAAAUUCAUAAGCCACGAGUUGCAUCUUAUUGGCUUGUCAAACUUGACUCGAUAAAACGUAGAAAGGUAAGAGGAGAUAUGACUGUUUAACAAACAUCUUACUGACACGUGACACCUAAAAGGGCGCAAGUCUAUUUUUGCACUCUUGUUUAUUCAAGUUUAAAAAGCGAUCUUUCCUUGUAGCCAUGGGCCCUGAUCUUUGAAACAACCUGGUAAAUAAUGCAUGAUUUGCUAUUGCGUAUGACUGAAUAUUCAACUGACGUUUCUUUUCGCAGGUUGUUGAUAUUGUUCGCACAAACGUUCGUGCCAUAUUACAGCGCGUAUGGCGGGCGUCUGAAGUUGACAACUUGCGCCUGUGUCGCGUAUUUUCGAGGGUUUUUAACAGAUUAUUGUGGAGCCAUGGACAGGGAUUGUGGAACUGCUUCUCAAGUCUCGGGUAGGUCAUUCAAGCAUCGCAAGUUGGUUAAUAACAACUUUGCUUCACUUAUGUUGACUUGGCCUCAAUUAUUUCGCCGUUGUUUUUUAGAAAUUCAUGGGAGACAAUAUUCAGUAAGAGCACGGAAGUGAUAUCACUAGUAAGUACUGUUUUGAAGAUUUGACAUUUAUGUUGAUACAUUUAUUUGCGCUGCUCAAGUCUCUGUUAGGACGACGUCCUAGGCUGUCAUGAAAUGUGGUACUUUUGGUUCUAUGAACUGUUGCAGCAAACUUUCCCCAAGGUCGACGCCCAUGUAGAGCACACUCACUCUUAGGACGAUCAACAACGGCUGGCUGAUUUCAAUCAAAUCUCAAUCUUUUGUCAAAUGUAGCCAGACUCUGUAUUGAGAAGUAAAAAUGCAGAAGUGAAGGCGUUAUUUUUUGGAACAAAUGACUUUUUAAUUCACCGCCACAGAAGUCUGAACGCUAGUUCAGUGACGCUGGCCUUUAUUUGUUUGUUGUUUACAGACUGAGAUGAGCUGCUGUCGUCGGAUUGUUCAGUUGUGUCGCGACUGUUUGCUGAUUGUGUAUCAGUUUGCUGCUGAUGCUAAAGCUGCGGGCGCUGGUUCUGUUUUGUAUCAAACAGCAACACCUCACGAUGGUGACACGAGGUACAGUAUAACUGAGCAAAACGGCCACGGAGGACGUUCUAAUAUGCAGAUGGGUUUUCUACUCCCCAUAAUAUUUUUAACUACUUUUUUUUAGAAAAGAAAAGAACUACGCGUUUGUAAUGGAAUCUUUCCUUAUAGCUAGGAGUAUAAUAUAGCAUGCUUGGUUACUGCCGAUUGAUCAUUAACUUUCCAGCUACACCUUCUCUUGGUAUCUGAACUGAUAAAUAAAGACAUUUUGGACGUUUUUCUAAGGCUAUUUGUCUUAUUUCACAGACACACCGACAUUGUUCGAAGAACUCCAGACCUUACAUCACAGCAAACUCUAACAGCAAGAAUGUCAAAGUACUGCAGACCCGCCCAGUUAACAUAACGACACGUAAGAACGGGGGACCGAUGAGCUUUCAGAAAGUUCUCAAGAGGCAAACGUUGAGCACUAAAGGGUGUUACUUAAACAAGCUUAUUGUUGGAUAAAGUACAAACCAGAGUUCUCGUGGCCGAAUGGUGCAGGCGCUGCUAUCAUAAAGCAUUAUUUUGCACGAAAUGAUAGUAGCUUUUAGCGAACAUUUUGAGUUAUUUAUUUGAAAGUUAUAUUUAUAGUAAGCAAAAGUAUAUCAUUUUCCAGGACAAUUAACUCGCAAACCCUUCUUCUUAAACAGUACGGGUAAAAAUCUUCCAUAAACUUGUGCAAUACGUACAUCCAUACAUCUGGAAACUAAAGAAGAUAUCAUGCGGGUAUUGAAUUGCUGAAGGGUACUAGAAGCUAUAUCGAACAUCCAGCACUUAUCAUCUAUUUCAGUGUACGCAAAAUUGACAUCCAUUUUUAGUAAGUAAGAACCUGCAUUUUUCCAAGUUGACCUUAACAGGUUCUUAAAUGAAUGGUUAUUUGCACAAAUUUAAGCUAUUUAGGUUCUUGAAUAGUUUCCGAAUUUCUGAAGAAAAAAAACUAACUUGUAUUUGAUUUACAACAUUGGCAUUUACAUUGCAUUUGGAGUGUUAACGCACCUUUGUCUCCAAAGAUGAUCCGGAAUGUUGACUUAUCUUAUUUGUCUAAGUCUACAGAAUUGUAAGAAUCUUUUUUAAAUUUUAGGCUAAAAAGGUUCUUGUAUAUAGGGGGUCUAACUGGGAAAUUUUAGCCUAACAAGCUCUUAAAAACCAGGUUCUUUCUCGCGGGUCUUCACUGUAUUUGUCCCGGUACACAAUACUCGGCUUGAUUAUUUGAGUAUAAUAAGAGGCUUUAUUGGACUGA